AUGGCCUCCAUUCUACGAGAUGUCCUUGUUCUGCUUAGUCUUGCUACUCAGUCUUUAGCACAGCAGGACGACCCUGUGAAAGGAUUCUGCCGAAGAUGGGGUCAUGCAACGGCACGGGUUGACUCGAUGCUGUACAUUGAUGGUGGCAUGGUAGGAGAAGUCCCUUUCACGUCGAACCAUUCCAAUACAUGGCUUUUGUCUAGUAACUUGAAUUCAUCGACGGUCGAUGCCGGGAUGCCGGAACAGAAGGCGUACUCGAAGCCUGGACACAUUCCCAGCCUCUCUGGCGGUUAUACAUGGGCGGACAAUACGAACAAAUGCUUCUAUCAGUUUGGCGGAGAAUACGCCGCCGGUGCUAGUCCCAUGGACUUCGGUAUUUGGACCUACGAUGUCCUGCUCAAUCAAUGGAACACUACCGAGACGAAUGGCGACAAGGAGCUACAACGAGUAUCGUUUGGAGCCGGGACGCAAGUCGAAAGCCGCGGAUUAGGAUUCUAUUUCGGCGGAUGGCUAAGCAACAGAACAGCGCCCGAUUGGAAUGGGCCUCCCAUGGCCACCAACGGGCUGAUUCAAUUCGACAUGUCUACAGGUGACCUACAGAAUAUAACCGGACCAGAUGAUAUUGGGAGAGCUGAAGGACAACUUUUGUUCCUACCCGUUUCGGACAGCGGUGUGCUUAUCUAUUUCGGUGGUAUCGAAGACUCGUAUCAUAACGGCAGCUUUGAUGCAGCAAACAUGAGUACUAUUCACGUCUACGAUAUGGCUUCGUCGAAAUGGUAUACACAGACCGCAUCUGGCGAUAUACCUGACACCCGCAGACAGUUCUGUGCUGAUGUCACUUGGCCGGAUGACGAGUCAUCUUUCAAUGUCUAUCUUUACGGCGGGUACGGGUUCGGUGAAGCACCGGCUUUCGACGACGUCUACAUCCUUUCUCUUCCGUCCUUUACCUGGAUCAAGGUCUUCAGUAGUGAGAAUCCAUCUAAAAUUGGUCAUGGUGGCUGUAGUGCGAACGUGGUCAAUCGCGCGCAGAUGUUGGUCAUAGGUGGCUGGUUCCCUAUAUACGACAAAUGCGAUGUACCAGAAGGUCAAGGACAACACAACAUGGUUCUUGGGUACAACGGUGGGGACUCAAAACUUUGGGACAAAUUCAGCCCUCAGCUAGACGACUACGUUGUUCCUUCGCCUAUCAUCUCCGUGAUUGGGGGAGGACCUGCCGGAGGUGCCACGAAGACUUCUCCAGCAACGUGGGGCCACCCUGAUCUUGCUACCUACUAUACACUUAAACCUACUUUUACUGCAAGAUCAGCUACUCGUGCUCUACUUUCGGCAACAGAAUCCCCAUCCCCUAGAAGCUCAAAGAAGACGAAGGUGGGAGCUAUUGCUGGUGGUACAGUCGGAGGGCUUUUGGGACUAAUAGGCAUCCUAUGCCUUAUACUAUUCUGCCUGCAUCGGCGGAAGAAGGCAUUGAAGGCGAAGGAGGGUGAAGUUCCACUCGAUCUUCCACCUGCUGAGCUUGCGACUACCGUGCCUCAAGAGAUGGCCGACACAGCUGCUAGCAAGUACGUUUCCAUACAUGACCAGGCAGAUUCUUUCGCCUUUGGUUAUCCCGGACAUGUCCAACAACAAUCAUACUCCGUUAGCCACGACCACAACUCACCGUAUUCGGCUCAAGGCCCUCCUUCGUACGGUCACGAUCCCCCAUACAUAUCUCCUGUUGAAGGUGGGCACGCGAAUCACUCGCCACAUGGCGAGCAACUCUUCAGCGACGGUAAUGUUGCUCGUAACUCGCCGACAGCUGCUUGGAGUACUCAAGUAAACUAUCCGCAGUCUGCGCAAGGUCAGGACACUCAAUAUUCGUACCCUACGCCGACUUCGCCACGACAAUCUCCAAACGACGUUAUUCAACAGCAAGUUCCAAUCUACUAUCCACGACCCAAUAGUCCAUCGACGAGCUCGCGACAAUCACCACAUUCGCCUUCUGGCAGCAGAGGGAGUCCGAUAGGGACGCAAUACAGCAGCGAUGGACGUGCCAACCACAUCAGCACUACAAGUACGCCGGCACGUUUUUAUGCGCAGGCACCACAGCAUGAAUCUCGGGGAGAGAUAACAGGCGAUCUAUACAGGAGAGGUUUGUAA